AUGAAUCAUCUGUUGCUGUCACUAGUUCGGAAGUUUUCUGUAUCUCGCACCAUUCGAGCAAUGAAGGUUAUACCGAUCCCGGCUUUAAGCGACAAUUAUAUGUAUCUGUUGGUGGAUGAGAAAACGAGCCAAGCGGCAGUGGUUGAUCCCGUCAAUCUGCAUUCUAUUAAUGCGGCAGUGAAAGCGGCCGGCGUUACACUCACUUCUUCCCUGGUCACUCAUCAUCACUGGGAUCAUGCCAGUGCCACAGAAGAAAUUUCCAAUGCGUACAACAAGUUAAUCAUCUAUGGGGGCGACAAGCGCAUCGGGGCACUCACGAAUGAAGUGCGAGAUGGCGACACCUUCAAGGUGGGUGAAUUGGACGUAAAAUGCCUGCAUACGCCUUGCCACACGACAGGCUCCACAUGCUACUACGUCACGGAUGGCAGCGCUGACAAAGCAGUCUUCACUGGCGACACGCUGUUCAUUGCAGGUUGUGGACGCUUUUUCGAGGGCAAUGCCACGCAGAUGGAUUCAGCGUUGAACGAGAAGCUGGCCAGCCUACCGGAUGAUACAAAGGUGUACUGUGGGCACGAGUACACUGUUGAUAAUCUGAAAUUUGCCGCAUCGGUAGAGCCGAAAAACGAAGAAGUCAAAAAGAAACUUGCAUGGGCACAGGAGCGACGAAGACUUGGUGAAUAUACGGUGCCGUCGACAAUUGGCGAUGAAAAACUCUUUAAUCCUUUUAUGCGUGUGAGGAUAAGUGAGGAACUAAGGAACGUGGCCAACUCGACGGAUCCUGUCACGGUAAUGGCUAAAAUCAGAUCGAUGAAAAACAGCUUCCGUCCUUGA